AUGUUACGCACAGUCCUGAUAACAGGCUGCUCCGACGGCGGCAUCGGCUCCGCCCUCGCCCACGCCUUCCACACAGCCGGCCUGCACGUCUUCGCUACAGCCCGCAACACCGCCAAGAUGCACUCCCUAUCCUCCCUCCCUAACGUAACUUUGAUAGAGCUAGACGUGACUUCCGAAGAAAGUAUCUCCAGCGCCGUCGCCAUUGUUCGCAGCCAGACCUCGCGUUCUAUCACUAACGAAGAAGGGGAAGGAAAAGGGAGACUGGAUUAUCUGAUCAACAACGCUGGCCAGGGAUAUGUAAUGCCGUUACUAGAUAGCUCUAUUUCCGCCAUGCAGAAAAUGUUCGAGAUCAACGUCUGGGGUCUUGUGCGUGUUACGCAGGCGUUUGCCGAGUUGGUGAUUAAUGCCAAGGGCACGAUUGUGAAUAACAGCUCGACGGCGUCGUGUCUUGCGUUGCCGUUUCAAGGAGGCUACUCCGCCUCCAAAGGAGCCCUCGACAUGCUCACGGCAAACCUGAAACUCGAACUCGAGCCGCUCGGCGCAAAAGUAGUCCUCCUCAAAACGGGGAAUAUAGCGACAAAUUGGUUCGAUUCUGUACCCCAAGUCACAUCGCUUCCAUCCUCAUCCUACUAUCGCUCUAUCGAGGAGCAGGUGAAGAUCCGAGCGCAGGGAAAGCAUCCUUAUCCCAAAAUGGAUGCUAAUGAGUAUGCGAAGAGAGUGGUUGGGGAUGUGUUGGGUGGGAAGAAGGCGGUUAUAUGGAGAGGAGCGCAGUCGGAGAUUGUGAGUUGGGCGUUGAUGGUUUUGCCCGUGUGGUAUUUGGAGAGGGUUGCCGCGAAGGGGUCGGGGUUGGAUGUGUUGCAUUGA